AUGGAUAGUAUAGAAAUAAUAGAUGUGCUAGAAAGCCCUACAGUCACAAAAUCUAAUGGUGAAAUAAUUGAAGUUCUUUCUGAUUCAGAUGAUGCUAAUAUCCAUCCACACGUAAAUGAAACGAGAAAUAAACUAAUAGACAAAGGUCUAAUAUUGUCUGAUAUAUCUUAUGAUGAUCCGAGCCAGAAAAGUGACAAUGCGGAAAAGAUCGUUAAGAGAAGAAAGAGGAAUAUCAUAAUUCUGGAGCAGCCAUCAUCGCCAGAUCGGUUAGCUAACACUUCGAUUCUUGAUUCGUCAUUUAGCUUUGUUACACGAGAAAACGAGCCUGAGCCUACCAAUACAGCAGCUAGUAGCAAUACAGCAAUUCUUGACGUCACUAACUGGCUAUCUGACAGUGGUGAUGAGUCGAACCUUAUUUUGAGACAUGCGACGGAUAAAACGACUAAUGCAUUGAAAUCAAACACCACAUCAAAUCGUGAUACUACACGUAAAAUAAAUUCAAGCAAAGUACCUAGCUAUACUAAAAAGACUAGUGUUGCUACGGGCCACGUAACGGCGGUGGAUCUGCGGAUCGCUGAAUUAUCAGACCCUAUAGAAUCCUCUUCACCUUUGCAAUCUUCUUCGAAGAAAUUUGCCCAAAGUCAUAGAAAAGUGGUUCAACCAGCAAAGAAACGUUGCAAAGACCCCCAUCCUGCAGAGCCUUAUUCCAAGAAAGAAUUGAACGAAGCAAAUAAAGUGACAAGAAAAAAAGAAGACCUUCUAUCUGAGAUGGUCAUACAAAUACCUUCGCUUUUAUACGACAGGGAUUUUGAAGAUGAAUAUAUGAAACAAAUAUUUAUUGAGCCAAAAGUGGAGAAGACGAACUCUAACUUACCCAUCAUUUCUUGGAAGAGAAAGGUGAAAGCUAGGUAUGAUGCAGAACGAGACGUUUUUAUCCCAUGUGAACCUACGGAGAUCAACGAGAAGAAUAUUGUGAUAUAUUAUAAGGCAAAGGAUUUUGUAAAUUCCUUAAUAGAAGGAACAAUAUCUCUGUUGCUUGAUGAAUGUAAAACAGAAGCUAAACGCCAUAACUUGUCCUCCGGGUCUCAUAUAAUAAUAAUUGUGGAAGGGUACGUUCAAUUUUUAACAAAAAUUAGGAAUAUGGAAGACAAGAGGUAUAAGAAGGCUGUUCUAGAUAAACUAAAUCCUAAUGAUGGUGAUACUGGAAACAAGAGGCUGAAAAAACAGGAAGAUGGUGUAUCGUUGUCGCCGAAAGAAAUUGAUCAAUUAGUUAAUGAAUCCCAAGUAAGAUUAAGCGUCAAUAUAUUUCCUGUUAAGAAUAACAAAGAUGCCAUAAAUUGGCUACAAUCAUUCACUUAUACAAUCGCAUAUGCAUUAUAUGAUAAAUUCGAAAGAAAUAUAUCAUUGGCCAACCUUGGCACAGUAAAAUCAGGUACUGAUACUAAAUCAACUUAUUUCCAGACUGUUAAACAAUUUAGAUUGAUGACAGAACCUAAAAUUGAAAAACUUUAUGGAUUUUAUACGUCCAUAUUUGCAUUAUAUUCAAGAUUUCAAACUAACGAUACACUUGGAAAGGAUAAUUUUGGUAAAAAUAUCGUCCCUCCAUCUACCGAAAGUGCAAUGAAGAAGCUCUUCACGUCAGAGGACCCAAAUGAUGUGGUGCACGAGUAA